UAUAUCACCAUCCUCAAGUGUGUAUAUAUAUAAUCUCAUGUUUACAUAUAAUUCCCAUCAAUAUCAUAUAUUAAAAUCUUUUUUUGUCAUAUGGAAAAUAAAAAUUUCCCCAAAAUGGCUCUUGUUUUCCUCUCUUUCUUGUCUCUCAUUGCUUUCUCGGGGGCGACGGUAUCGAACAUGAUCGGUGUAAACUACGGACGACUAGGAAACAACCUUCCGUCUCCAGCUCGGUCAAUCGAGAUCCUACAAGACAUGAAUGUGAGCCGAGUCAAACUUUAUGACGCUGACCACGAAAUCCUAAACCUUCUUUCGGGAAAGAACAUCGAGGUAGCGAUCACGGUUACGAACGACGAAAUCUCUGGAAUCGCUGCCAACCAACGCCUCGCGGACCAAUGGGUGUAUGAACAUAUCAUAGCUCACCAUCCCAACACCAAAAUCCGGUUCGUGCUUGUUGGAGAUGAAGUUUUCAGCUCCCUAAGCACGGACCAAGAUAUCCAAAUAGCGCGUGAUCUUGUACCCGCCAUUAGACGGAUUAAAAACACCAUAAAAGCGCGAGGGAUUCGCAACAUUAAAGUAGGCACUCCCCUAGCAAUGGACAUGAUGGAAAUGACAUUCCCACCAUCGAACGCAAGCUUCAAGCCCGAAUUACGCGAAUUCAUGACGCCGUUGCUUAAAUACAUAAACGGGACGAAAUCCUUUUUCUUCCUAGAUGUUUACCCUUACCUCGCAUGGUUCGAAAACCAAACCGCGAAUCAAACAAACAUAAGCCUUGAUUUUGCUUUACUUAGAAGUGUAAAUGUAACCUACACUGACCCGCAAACCGGGCUCGUGUACACCAACCUCCUGGACCAAAUGCUUGACUCAGUGGUCUAUGCAAUGUCUAAACUUGGCUAUGAUAAUGUGAUGCUUGCUAUUUCAGAAACAGGUUGGCCACACGAAGGCGGGUCUGGUGCAAACCCGAACAAUGCAGCUGAGUACAACAACAAUCUCGUACGAAAGAUGACUGCGGUCCCAAGUAUUGGAACUCCGGCCCGACCCGGGCAGGUUAUACCAACCUUUAUAUUCUCGUUGUAUGAUGAGGAUCAGAAAUAUGGGCCGGCUACUGAAAGACACUGGGGCAUGUUAACUCAUGAUGGGAGUCCUGUUUAUGCAGUGAACAUAACUCGUAUGGGCUAAUGUUAUUAGAUAUCAACUUCUGGGUUGGGUUACAAUCUGCUAUCAUUCAUCAAAUAAGUUUAUAGUAAAUAAUGAGGUAGUAUGUUUGAAAUUUGAUUAUAUGAUUAUUAAUGGAUACAAGUAUUUCUUAUUAAGUUC